CCGGUAGGUGAAAGUUGACGCGCUGCGUAUGACGUUAUCGGCAAAUUCGUCUUUUUCUCCUCCGCUUCGUCUCAGAAGGUCCUUCUUUCAGCUCCAUCAUGGCGAACGUUGCCGAUACUAAACUAUACGACAUCCUCGGUGUAUCCCCCACAGCCACCGAAAACGAGCUCAAAAAGGCAUACCGGAAAUUGGCUAAAGAAUAUCAUCCUGAUAAGAAUCCAAAUGCAGGUGAUAAGUUUAAAGAAAUAAGCUUUGCAUAUGAAGUACUUUCCAACCAAGAGAAACGAGAAUUGUAUGACCGCUGUGGGGAGCAGGGAUUGCGGGAAGGUGGUGGAGGAGGGGCUGGAAUGGACGAUAUAUUCUCCCACAUAUUUGGUGGGGGCCUGUUUGGGUUCAUGGGCGGCCAGAGCAGGAACCGCAAUGGAAGACGAAGGGGUGAAGAUAUGGUUCACCCACUCAAGGUAUCAUUGGAAGACCUGUAUAAUGGAAAGGCAACUAAACUACAACUAAGCAAGAGUGUUCUCUGUGCUUCCUGUAAUGGCCAGGGUGGCAAAUCGGGAGCUGUCCAGAAAUGUGCAGCUUGCAGAGGACGUGGUAUGCGUAUCAUGAUCAGACAGUUGGCCCCGGGAAUGGUUCAACAGAUGCAGUCUGUGUGUUCUGACUGUAAUGGUGAAGGUGAAGUUAUCAGUGAAAAGGAUCGCUGUAAAAAAUGCGAGGGUAAGAAAGUGAUCAAAGAAGUAAAAAUUCUGGAGGUUCAUGUAGACAAAGGCAUGAAACAUGGACAAAAGAUUACUUUUGCUGGAGAAGCAGACCAAGCUCCUGGUGUGGAACCAGGGGACAUUGUCCUUGUACUGCAAGGAAAAGAGCAUGAGAUAUUUAGGCGAGAGAGCAAUGACUUGCAUAUGACUCACAAGAUUGGCCUUGUUGAAGCACUUUGUGGAUUCCAGUUUACGUUGAAGCACCUGGAUGGACGACAGAUUGUGGUCAAAUACCCCCCUGGAAAAGUUAUUGAGCCAGGUUCUCUGCGGGUGGUGCGAGGUGAAGGCAUGCCACAGUAUCGCAACCCAUUUGAAAAAGGAGACCUGUAUAUUAAAUUUGAGGUAGAGUUCCCAGGGAACAAUUGGAUAAGCCCAGAAAAGUUAAUGGAACUUGAGGAUUUUCUCCCGUCUAGAGCAGAGGCUCCAACUAUAUGUGGAGAUUCAGAAGAGGUAGACCUUCAGGAUUAUGAUACAAGUCAUGGUUCAUCUGGUGGGCAGAGACGUGAAGCUUACAAUGAUAGCUCUGAUGAUGAAAGUGGUCACCACGGCCCUGGCGUACAGUGUGCACACCAGUAAACACUUGAGAGAAAAAAGGGUUUGUUUUCAGAUUUCUAAACCCUUCCAGAUCUCAUGAACAACCCAGAUUGUAUCUAAUGGACAUUUUAUUUUUGCUCUGUGUAACUUACAAUUUGUUAUAGUAUUUACAGAGUUAAUAUAAACUAACCGUAAAUGCAGAAGUUUUGCCUUGAACUCAGAACUUUUGUCACAAGAGCUUGGGGUAGGGGAGAGAAAUCCUAAAGGACAUUUACCAUCACAUUUUUAGGUUUCUGUGUUUAUCUUUCUCUUUUUUUUUUUUAAACUAGUUGUGUAGAUUUUGUAUUUUCUAUUUUAAAAUAAUAAAAUCUCGUCUACAACUUCUGGUGACUGCAGUCACACAAGCUGCUAUUAUAAAAUAGGAUAUACAGUUUGACAGUGUGUAAACUCUAAACCCAGGUGUAUAUGAGAACGCUUUUGUUUUUCUGCACUAAAUAAUAAUAAAAAAAAGUGAGUGAAGCAAAGAAUUUACUUUUGUGUAAAGUUUUUGGAAUUGUUAAAUAUAAUUUAAACGUAUUGGGCUAUACAGCAUUUCAUAUUCCGCCUGCAUUUUUAAUUUGGAACCUGUUAUGAGGUCUGCCUGUAGUUGCUGCAUUUCCUAGCCUUUUAAAUAGUAAUUCUGAAUAUUCAAACAUGUUAAAUAUGUAACUUGUUCCCUGUAAAAGUCAAAGUAUUCUCUUGUCUGUAAAGAUUCUUACCCUUUCUCUUUCUAAAUGUGCUUAGGUGUGUUUUUUUUUUCAUUAUUCUUGCAAGUAGCAGUAAAUAUACAUCUAUCACCAUAUAAGAUUUUGAGAACUUUAGAUGUUAAAUGUCUGAGCGUUUCCCUCCCUUCCAAGCAGAUCCCUUGUGGCAGAGUUAUCAAAGUUUUACAAAAACUGGACAAAUCCUGGUGUUAAUGAAUAUGUUAACCCAAAAAAAUACAUUUUGAAAGAAAACAAACAAAAAACCUGCAGACUGUAUUUUGCAUUUAUCCAGAUGUAGAAGCCUGUUCCGUAGAACAAGAUAUUGUAUCUGAUCAAAAUUCUUGCUGUUGAUGCAGAUGUUUGUUCAUGUUUACUUGUUCUACAAUAAAACAAAUCUGUGACAUUGA